ACCGGUGGGUAUUCUGAAUUUCCUUCAGUCUAGAGUUGACAGAAAAUAAAAGGAAUUCAAAUUCUAUAGGAAAUAUAUCGAAGAAACUGAAGAUGUUAAGACCCUGUCCAUUUGCUCGUUGUUUCCAUCGCAGUCUACAUGUGGUGACGGUCACUGGUUCCUCUCCCCAGGUCCAGCAACCUUUGAACUUCCUCCAGGGUAGACGCUGUGACCCGACAGACACUGCUGGAAAAUUUGACCUGAAGUAUCCAGCAACAGAUGAAGUUUUACGACAAGUGCCCUCCUCGGGUCAGAAGGAUGUAGAUGAAGCUGUGGGUCAAGCUAAGGAAUCCUUCAGGUCAUGGUCCAAGCUGUCAGGGUUCGAACGGGGCAAUGUCCUCAAGAGAACAGCAAACAUAAUUAGGGAGCGGCUGGAGAAGUUUGCCCAGAUGGAGGUUUUAGACACAGGAAAGCCAAUCUGGGAGGCGAGAUUUGAUAUACAAGGUUGUGCUGAUACAAUAGAUUACUAUGGGGGACUCGCUGCCAGGAUCUCAGGUGAAUUCCUACCUCUAUCCAAUGGAAGCUUUAGUUACACAGUCCGUGAGCCUUUGGGAGUGGUUGGGGGUAUAGGGGCCUGGAAUUAUCCCCUCCAGAUGGCCUCCUGGAAAUCCAGCCCCGCCCUUGCCUGUGGUAACACCUUUGUGUUUAAACCUUCACCUUUCACCCCCCUGACAGCUGUCAUGUUAGGAGAGGCCUAUAAGGAGGCUGGGCUUCCUGAUGGGUGCUAUAAUGUGAUACAGGGAGAGACUGAGACAGGACGGCUGAUAACCUCUCACCCUGAUGUUGCUAAGGUGUCAUUCACUGGCAGCGUGCCAACUGGCAGCAAAAUUAUGGAGACCUGUGCCAAGGAUAUAAAACAUGUGACAUUGGAAUUGGGAGGGAAAUCCCCUUGUAUUAUAUUUGAGGAUGCUGAUCUUCACAAUGCAGUGUCUGGAGCUAUGCUAGCCAACUUCCUAACACAGGGACAAGUUUGUUCGAAUGGAACUCGAGUGUUUGUUCACAAGAGCAUUAUGGGACCAUUUCUGGCAGGGCUGGUAGAGAGGACCAAACGCAUGAAGAUUGGAAACCCAUUCCAUGAUGAUACAACAGUUGGAGCCACAAUUAGUAAGGAGCAAUUCGACAAAGUCAUGCAUUACAUCGAAAUCGCCAAAAAAGAGGGUGCCUCUGUGGUGUGUGGGGGUGAGAGAGUACAUCCUGACCCUAGUUUGGGGGGAUACUUUGUCAGUCCCUGUAUUCUAGUCAACUGCGAGGAUCACAUGACUGUGGUCAAGGACGAGGUGUUUGGAUCCGUCAUGUCCAUUUUGACUUUUGACACAGAGGAAGAAGUCAUCAGUCGUGCCAACAAUACAGAGUUUGGACUAGCUGCUGGAAUCUUUACAAACAACCUUCAGAGAGCAUACCGUGUCGCCUCAGCCCUAGAGGCAGGGUCUCUAUACAUUAACAACUACAAUGUAUACCCUGUAGGGGUACCCUUCGGAGGAUACAAGAAAUCAGGAUUAGGUCGGGAAAAUGGCCCUGACACGUUGGACUACUACACACAGGUUAAGUCUGUCUAUGUGGAAAUGGGUGACGUGGAUGCUCCAUUUUAAAAUUGUAUCAAGAGUUUUGAGUCAUGGUUUACUAUGUCCAGGUAAUGUUGUACAUUCAGAAAUGUACAUUCAGAAAAGAAAAUACAUAUGUCACACAGAUUUCAAGAUUGAAAGUGUGCAUGAUGUGUUAUUAUGUAUUGAUCUUUAUUUUCAAAAUUAAUUGGAAGGAUAUAUUUUUUAUUCAACUUCAUAAUGUUUAACACAUUUAUAAUAUUGAUCAAUUUGAAAUAUGAUAUAUAUGUAAUUGUAGUAUGUUAUAUUGUUGUGAAAAUGAAAUGUAACCUAAAACAACCAGUUAACAACAAUCUAGUGUCCAUGAUGAGAAUUUGCAUGCUUCCCCUUAAUCCCCUUAUUGUUUAUUCCUAUACAAGUCUUUAUGUUGAACAGUCUGUAAGAAGAAGUUAUAGUUAAAUUCUUUAACUUUUAUUGUUAUAAUAAUUAUCUUAAUACAAGGUUGUCCCUAAGACCAGGGGACCAGGGAAUUUCCCUCCUCAUAAUGAUGUAAUCCCCUGGUUAUUCUGGUAUUCAUCCCUCAAGCAAUUCCUCGAGCAUGCGGAUUUUUGGUAAUCAUCUAGGGCAUUGUCCUAUCAUAUACAAUUAUUUCCAUUUUAUGUAGUUUGAACAAUUUUAAAUUGCACCCCCUGUUUUUUUUUUUUUUACUAGAAUACACUUGAUAAGACCCUUUCAAGUGACUAAAUUUAUUUACCAAGAGAAGAUCUUAUAUAAUGUAAACGAACAGUGAUCAAUCUUUAAUCCAGUUCAUUAUUUCAACUUCUUGAAGAACUCAGUUUUAAUUCCACAUAUGUAUGGUAAUCAAAAGAUGAAAUUUA